AUGGCAAAGUACACUGAAGAGCAGCUUUUUGCAAUCAAGGAGGAAACAUCCUACGUUCCCCAACCACAGAUUCUUUCUGCAUUCAAUGAAUUGAUUGAACAGGUUAAAGAACAUGCACACCAACAACAACUCCAAUAUCAACAACAGCAACAGCAACAACAAGGGUUUUCUGGUAUCGGCUCAGGAGUUUCAGGACCUGGUGCUCAAAAAUGGAGAAAUGGUGAUACUUAUAUCGACGAACAUGGACACGAAAGAUCAUACCACCACAUGAACAGACGUAGACCUUCAAGAUCCAACAAUGGUGAGAAGAAGCCAUUUUUCAACAAAAAGAAGACAGAAGUUGUUGUUGAUGAGGACGGUUGGGAAACAUUUACACCCGUUCAACAUGCACACAGGGGUAGUAUUGGUGAAGAUGGAAGCGAGGAGAAAAGUAAAUUUAGAGAUAGUGUCAGUGGAAGCUCUGGAUCCGGUGCUGGUGCUGGUGCUGGUGCUGGUGCUGCAAGUGGCUCCGCAGGUGGAGUUAGAGCAAGGCCAAAUAACAAGAACUUGGGAAGCUCGAAAGCAGUGGAUCCAAGGGAAAUUGCAAGUGACAAACAAACUAGAACUUUUAAUGCGUUUGAAGCAUUGGAAGGUAACGACGACGAAGAUGAUGAUGAAUAA